AUGCUUCCUCUCUUCAACAAAGUACUUCCUCUCUUCAUCAAGAUGCUUCCUCUCUUCAACAAAGUUUCCUCUCUUCAACAAGUACUUCCUCUCUUCAUCAAGAUGCUUCCUCUCUUCAUCAAGUGCUUCCUCUCUUCAACAAAGUGCUUCCUCUCUUCAUCAAGAUGCUUCCUCUCUUCAUCAAGUGCUUCCUCUCUUCAUCAAGUGCUUCCUCUCUUCAUCAAGUGCUUCCUCUCUUCAUCAAGUGCUUCCUCUCUUCAACAAAGUACUUCCUCUCUUGAUCAAGAUGCUUCCUCUCUUCAUCAAGUGCUUCCUCUCUUCAUCAAGUGCUUCCUCUCUUCAUCAAGAUGCUUCCUCUCUUCAUCAAGUGCUUCCUCUCUUCAACAAAGUACUUCCUCUCUUGAUCAAGAUGCUUCCUCUCUUCAUCAAGGUGCUUCCUCUCUUCAACAAAGUACUUCCUCUCUUGAUCAAGAUGCUUCCUCUCUUCAUCAAGGUGCUUCCUCUCUUCAUCAAGAUGCUUCCUCUCUUCAUCAAGUGCUUCCUCUCUUCAACAAGUACUUCCUCUCUAUCAAGAUGCUUCCUCUCUUCAUCAAGUGCUUCCUCUCUUCAUCAAGUGCUUCCUCUCUUCAUCAAGAUGCUUCCUCUCUUCAACAAAGUACUUCCUCUCUUCAUCAAGAUGCUUCCUCUCUUCAAGUGCUUCCUCUCUUCAUCAAGUGCUUCCUCUCUUCAUCAAGUGCUUCCUCUCUUCAUCAAGUGCUUCCUCUCUUCAUCAAGAUGCUUCCUCUCUUCAACAAGUACUUCCUCUCUAUCAAGUGCUUCCUCUCUUCAUCAAGUGCUUCCUCUCUUCAUCAAGUGCUUCCUCUCUUCAUCAAGAUGCUUCCUCUCUUCAACAAAUACUUCCUCUCUUCAUCAAGAUGCUUCCUCUCUUCAUCAAGUGCUUCCUCUCUUCAUCAAGUGCUUCCUCUCUUCAUCAAGAUGCUUCCUCUCUUCAACAAGUACUUCCUCUCUUCAUCAAGAUGCUUCCUCUCUUCAUCAAGUGCUUCCUCUCUUCAUCAAGGUGCUUCCUCUCUUGAUCAAGUGCUUCCUCUCUUCAACAAAGUUUCCUCUCUUCAUCAAGAUGCUUCCUCUCUUCAUCAAGUGCUUCCUCUCUUCAUCAAGGUGCUUCCUCUCUUGAUCAAGUGCUUCCUCUCUUCAUCAAGGUGCUUCCUCUCUUCAUCAAGGCUUCCUCUCUUCAUCAAGAUGCUUCCUCUCUUCAACAAAGUCUUCCUCUCUUGA